AUGCAGCCCCCCUCUGAGAAGCUGCUGUCCGACAAAUACGAGCUGGUCAAGCUCAGCGUGCACUCCUCAACUCAGAUAUCUUCCCGAACCGCUGCCGUGACCGCAAAACUCGCCACAGCACCGGCGCAAGGGUCCAAACCAGUGGUGGUGGCUCUGACCGCGAAAGCACAAGCGGCCAACAAGGUCAUCAGCAUUGUCGAGAUAGCUAAGCGCGAGCUCGUUGCGAAGGGUGUGGCUGUCUACCAGUACAAUGCGCUGGGCUCUGAGAUGACCGAGAUUCCACGGGAUGGGGUGAAGGGGAGUGAAGGGGUCGAGGAGGACGAGGCCAGCGAAGGGGAGGAGGCGGCCUUCGAGACCAUGCGACAGCGGGAUGUGGGAGACACGAAGAAGAGGCUGAUUCCGGUCAUGACGACCUACCUGAGUUCAACGGCUAUCAAGGAGCUCAGAACUGCGCAUGGGUAA